UCCCAAACGGCUAAAAUUUACUGUACCAGCGGCCGGGUCAACAGUCACACACCCAUGGCGAUAAAUAAAAACAAAAAUCCAUCCAAACCGGCGUGCUCGCUUCCUUCGAUUCCUUUGGCUCUCUCUGUCGUCGGUCGUCCUCUUCUCGCCCACCCGCACCAAAACCCCACGGACGGAACCCAAGAAAGAAGAGAGAGGCGUCAUCUUUACUCGCCGCACGAGUCCCCAUGAACGGCGAGGCCGAGCCGCAAGGACUCGCCCCGCCCGGCGCCUCCGCCGCCGCCGGCGGCUUGCAGGGCAGAGCGGAGGUCGACACCUCGGCGCCCUUCAAGUCGGUUCGCGAGGCCGUCAACCACUUCGGCGGCAGCGCCGCCUGGAGCUCCAACCUCAUCAAGCGUAUGUUCGCGCCCCCAAACCCAAAGAAGCAGGAGGGGGCCGAAGAACUGGCCGAUCUGGAGGAGCAGAUCGCGCAGCUAGAGAAGGCGCUCAGCGUCAAAGAAAGGGAGACGCUUGAUGUGCUCAAAGAGCUAGAGUCCACCAAGAAGGUGGUUGCAGAUUUAAAGCUAAAGAUACAGAACGAGGUUGCCGGUGCAUUCUGCAUCCCUGAAGAAUGGGUUCAGAGUCAAGCCGAGGCGCCCGCUGGCACUGAAGAUCAUGCAGAAGUGCAGCCUCAGAAUGCUGAAACUGAUGUGGUUGUGGGCACGCUACAUGUGCCCAUUGGCACCGGAGAACCUGCAGAAGUGCACCCUGAGAAUGCUGAAACUGAUGCGGUUAUGGGCGCGUUAAGUGUGCAGCUGCAGCAAUCCCCUGGUUCUUCAGUGUUGAGGGGCCUUGAGCAGGCAAAAGCCAACCUAAACAGGACCACGAGUGAUCUUGCGGCUAUUAGAGCCUCUGUUGAGUCGCUGCGGAAUGACAUUGCCAAAGAGAGAGUCUUGGCAGAGAGAAGCCGAGAGAAGGUUUGUGCCAAUACGACGUUGAUUGCUUCUCUGGAGGAUGAGCUGGACCGGACCGCACAGAAGCUGCAAACGCUGCGGGGUCUGCAGAGAAGGCGUGACGAUCCAUCAGACAUCUUCUUCGAGAUCAAGAAGAUGACAUCCGAGCUAGAGCAGCUCAGGAAUGCGGCAAGUGCGUCGAAGUCUGAAGCUGCUAUGCUGUCUGCUGAAAUUGAGCAGAUGAGAGCUAGCAUUGGCACUGCUGAGGUGAGGUGUCGUGCAGCCAAGAAGAUAGAAGAGGCAGCAAGAGCAGCAGAAGCUCUUGCCCUCGCUGAAAUCAAGAUCCUACUAAGCAAUGAGGCCUCAGCUGAGGAUUUGCAGGGCACGGAAGGCAUGAGCUUUUCAUUGGAAGAGUACUCUGAGCUUGCUGCCAAAGCUCAGGAGGCUGAUGAAUGCUCAAGAAAGAAAAUCGAAGCUGCAAUGGUGCAGGUCGAUGAAGCCAACCAGACAGAAUCUGACUCUCUCAGAAAUCUGGAAGAAGCUCAGUUACAAGUCGAGGAAUGUAAGAAGGCACUACAGGAGGCCCAGAAGAGGGUGGAUGCUGCUAACCGGGGGAAGAUCGCUGUAGAAGAGGCUCUCCGCAGAUGUCGAUCCACGACCGGAUUCAGGAGGCGUUCAGUCCAUGACCAUCCCAAAUUCAAGCAUCCAGCUCCCCGUCCUAGAGAUUCUCAGAAUAUGGAUAUUGUUGACGCUUCAAAGGCUCCCUUGAAACCAACACUGUCGAUAGGACAGAUAUUGAGCAGGAAGCUAAUGGGACCAGAUGGGUAUGACAAAAGCGUUCGGGACGAUGCAAGCGAAGCUUCUAAUAUGUCGCUUGGACAGAUCCUGAACCGCAGACGUGCAGUUGUGUAUAGCAGUGAUGCAACUGCUCACAAGAAAUUCUCAGGGAAGAGGAAGAAGUUUGCGUUUACAGGACUCUCAGUUUUCUUAGCGAAACAGGCCAAGAGCAAGAAGAAAAAGGGAUCACAUUAGAACUGCUGAAGUUAACUUGGGCUGGAAGAAGAAAACUGUUGUAGUCUACCUUGCUAGCUGUUAACUUGACCCUAGUUCUUCUUUUAAUUUACUAGUAGUAUGUAUCGUUUAUUUGCCUAGAUCAUUGAUUCUUCCGUAGCAGGUUAGUAACUGAUAUUUCUGUUUAGUAGUAGUUAUCAGGUGCUCUGUGAACUUGAAAUGUAUAAAUAUGACUAGUAGUUGAUAUCAAGUAUAUGAGGUAUGUAUUCACUAAAA